AUGGGUUGCGCUUCAUCUGAUUCUGCUUCAACAGAUAAUCCCAGAAAAAGAGAACCACAAAAAGAGUUUACAGGAGAAAAGAUUUCAUCAGAGAUCUUUGUCGACUUAAAGGAUGGCAAUAUUUAUGAAGAGUAUGAGGUCAGGUCAACUUUGGGAGAAGGAGCAUUCGGUUGUGUAAAAUUAGUAGCUCAUCGUAAAACAAGUAUUAAUUGAAAUAAACAAAAUAGAAAUGCCAUAUGCUAUGAAAUAGAUGAAGAAAUAAGGAUUAAUUAAGGAGGAUUAAAAGAUCUUAUUUAGUGAAAUGGACAUUUUGAAGUUAAUUGACCAUCCUAAUAUUGUUAAGUUACAUAAACUUUAUUAAGACAAUAUCCAUUAUUAUCUGAUCACUGAGUUAUGUUAGGGUGGAGAACUAUUCGAUAAACUUGCAUCUGAAAAGAACUUUACUGAAAAAAAGGCAGCUGAAAUUAUGAAAUAAGUCUUAUCUGCUGUGACAUAUUGUCAUGAAAGGAAAAUUAUUCAUAGAGAUCUAAAAUUGGAGAAUAUAUUAUUAGAAACUAAAAGUGCUAAUUCAAAUAUUAAAGUUAUUGAUUUUGGCACUUCUCGUAGAGUAUAAGAAGACGAAAAAUUAAAAUUAAAAAUUGGGACUGUAUUUCUAUAUUUUAAUCUUAAGUUAUAUUAUAUGGCUCCUGAAGUUUUUCAAGGUCAAUAUGAUCUAAAAGUAGAUGUUUGGAGUGUUGGUGUAAUUUUAUAUAUUCUUUUAUGUGGAUAUCCUCCUUUUAACGGUGAUGACACAACUAUUAAAAAGAAAAUUUAAAAAGGAACUUUUGAAUUCAACGGUAUUAAUAUAUAUUCUAAUUAAUAGAUACUGAAUGGAGAUCUAUUUCUUAAGAAGCCAAAGAUUUAAUAACUAAAAUGUUAAAACAUGAUCCUUAAUAAAGAAUAACAGCUCAAUAAGCAUUGUAAGAUCCAUGGAUUUAAUCAAAAGCUCCUAAUAAUCCAGUAUAAGUCAAUGCACUCAAUAAUUUAAAAGAUUUUUAUGUAUAAAAUUUAAAGAUAAAAUAUAGAGUACAUCAAAAUUAAAGAAUGCAAUAUAAUUAUUCAUUGUAACACAAGUUACAACAUAUUAAGAAAAGGAAGAAUAAUUAAAAUAAUUUAAAGCCAUGGAUACUGAUGGAAAUGGAACAAUCAGUCCUGAAGAAUUAAAGAAGCAUUAUUCUAAAUUUUAUGGAUAAGAGUAAGCUGAAAAAUUAGUUUAAGAAAUUAUGAAAUAAGUUGAUAUAAACUAAUCAGGAUAGAUUGAUUUUAAUGGUACUUCAUUUAAUUAUGAAUCCUAUUAGAAUUUUUAGUGGCUGCAGCAAAUAAAGAAAAAUUACUUUCUUAAGAAAAACUGAAAUAAGUAUUUUAGAUGUUUGAUAAAGUAAUAAUAAUUAUAAAAAAUUUAGAAUGGUGAUGGUAAAAUUUAAAGAGCUGAACUUUAAUACAUAAUGUCUGGUAUUAAGAUUGAUGAAAUAUAAUGGAAAAAUAUUUUAGAAGAAUGUGAUAAGGAUAAAGAUGGAGAGAUUUCGUUAGAUGAAUUAAUCACUUUAAUGUAAAAACUAAAGUGA